AUGCAGGGGCUGCUGAUUUUCAGUCUCCUGCUGGGGGCUGUCCUUGGCAAAGAGGACUUCGUGGGGCACCAGGUGCUCCGAAUCUCUGUGGCUGAUGAAGCCCAGGUCCAGAAGGUGACGGAGCUGGAGGACCUGGAGCACCUGCAGCUGGACUUCUGGCGGGGCCCUGCCCAGCCUGGCUCCCCCAUCGAUGUCCGAGUGCCCUUCCCCAGCCUCCAAGCUGUCAAAGUCUUCCUGGAGGCCCAUGGCAUCGAGUACACGAUCAUGAUUGAGGAUGUGCAGUCGCUGCUGGACGAGGAGGAGGAGCAGAUGUUCGCCUUCCAGGCCCGGGCCGCCUCCACCGACACCUUUAACUAUGCCACCUACCACACCCUGGAUGAGAUCUAUGGCUUCAUGGACAUGCUGGUGGCUGAGCACCCACAGCUUGUCAGCAAGCUCCAGAUCGGCAAAACCUAUGAAGGCCGUCCCAUCUACGUGCUGAAGUUCAGCACUGGGGGAAACAACCGCCCCGCCAUCUGGAUCGACACGGGCAUCCACUCCCGGGAGUGGGUCACUCAGGCCAGCGGGAUCUGGUUUGCAAAGAAGAUCACACAGGACUAUGGCCAAAACCCGGCCUUCACCGCCAUUCUUGACAAGAUGGACAUCUUCCUAGAGAUUGUCACCAACCCUGAUGGCUUUGCCUUCACCCACAGCAAGAACCGUUUGUGGCGCAAGACUCGAUCCAUCACGGCAGGCUCCUCCUGUGUUGGGGUGGACCCCAACCGGAACUGGGACGCUGGCUUUGGGAAGGCUGGAGCCAGCAGCAACCCCUGCUCUGAGACUUACCACGGCAAGUUUGCCAAUUCUGAAACGGAGGUCAAGUCCAUCGUGGACUUUGUGAAGAGCCAUGGGAACAUCAAGGCCUUCAUCUCCAUCCACAGCUACUCCCAGCUCCUCCUCUAUCCCUAUGGCUACACAACAGACCCCGCCCAGGACCAGGCUGAGCUGGAUGAGCUGGCCAAGUCUGCUGUGACGGCCCUGGCCUCCCUGUAUGGGACCAAGUUCAAGUAUGGCAGCAUCAUCAAAGCAAUUUGGGCUCCGGGCUUUGGACCGUCAGCCUGGCCCUUGCAGUAUUUCCAGGUGACUGACCAUCGCUCUCCUGCUUCUGUUGCUGCCCAGACCGAGCCAGUGGAGGCACCAUUGACUGGACCUACAACCAGGGCAUCAAGUACUCCUACACCUUCGAGCUCCGCGACACCGGGCGCUACGGCUUCCUGCUGCCCGCCUCCCAGAUCGUCCCCACGGCCCAGGAGACGUGGCUGGCGCUCCAGACCAUCAUGGACCACACCCUGAAGCACCCCUACUGAACUGGCCCUUCGCUCCCUCCUCUUU